AUGCCGAGCCACAUCUCCAUGCGGACGGCUCUGUUGCUGUCGCUGAUCACCAUCUGCUUCGCCCAUGUCGUCGCUCGGGGCCAAGCUCCAAACACUCUCGGUUUCAUCAACAUCGACUGCGGCAGCCCUCCCAACUCCACCUACGUGGACGCGAAUACCAACCUAGUGUAUGUCUCGGACGCGGAGUUCAUCGAUACUGGCGUCAGCCACAAUAUCUCCACCGACUACGAGGAUGAGAUGCGGCCGCGACUGUACCACGACCUCCGGAGCUUUCCCACCGGCGUUCGGAACUGCUACACCGUGCGGUCCCUCAGGCCAAACACCAAGUACCUGGUCCGCGCCAUGUUCCUGCACGGGAACUACUCCGGGCUGGCCAUUGACGACCUCAACGUGUUCGAUCUCCACCUCGGCGUCAACCUCUGGCAGACGGUGAAUGUCUCCAGUGGCGAGACCUUCUGGGCGGAGAUCAUCACCAUCGUACCGGACGACUACGUCCAGGUUUGCCUCGUCGGCAGACUGGGGUUCCACACACCGUUCAUCUCCGGCCUGGAGCUGCGCCCACUAGCGGACGAGCUCUACACAAUGGUGGCAAAUGCAUCCAUGUCCAUGGCCCUCCACCGCCGGCAGAACCUGGGACCCGACGACCAGUCUCUAAUCAUAAGGUACCCAGACGAUCCCCACGACCGCAUCUGGAGGGUGCUGCCGAACCCGCCCUUCUCAUGGAGACCAACAAGCACGACGGCCACUGUUCGCAAGGUCGUCGGGGACUUGUUCGAGGUGCCGUCCGCCGUGAUGCAGACGGCCGUCACGGGCUUACGUUUGGAGUUCGACUUUGACGCCGACGACUUGAACAAAGAGCUCGUUUACUACGUCAUGCUCCACAUCUCCGAGCUCAGGGCGCUAAAUCGCAGCGAGACGAGGUUCUUCGAGAUCUACCUCAACAACGACCUUCAGUUUACAUAUCUCUCCACCCUACCGUACCUGUACGCGGACGGCAUCUAUGGGCCGGUGACGGGGAGCACACAGUACGCCUACAGGAUCAAAUCCACAGUCAACUCGACGCUGCCGCCCACACUGAAUGCCCUCGAGAUCUAUCGCAUGGUGCCCACUGCACAGCGUGGGACUGAUGGAAGAGAUCUGAGUGCCAUUAUGGCUAUCAAGGCCAAGUAUCAGAUCAACAAGAAUUGGAUGGGUGAUCCGUGCGGUCCAAAGAUAUACUUGUGGGACGGUGUCAGUUGCAACUAUACAAAAUCUAGCCCACCAAGGAUCAUCUCUCUAAACUUAUCCUCCGCUCGAUUGACAGGAGAAAUAACAAGUGUUUUCGGAAAUCUCACAGCUCUUGUGAAAUUGGAUCUAUCUAUCAACAAUUUGACAGGAAAUAUUCCUGAAUUUCUAGCUCUACUUCCUUCGCUUGCUGUCCUAGAUUUAACCGGCAACAAGUUCGACGGAGUUCCAGAAAGUCUUCUUGACAGAUCGAAACAUGGAUCACUGACAUUAAGACUUGAAGCGGAUAUACGCAGCAUCAAAAAAGGAUCAAAACGUGACUGGAGUACUGCCGUAGUUGUCUCUGUGGUUGUGGUCGUAGUUCUUGUACUGGUGGUGGUGGUAAUUGUUGCAGUUUCCCUUUGCAGGACAAGAACUGAAAAUGAUGCUUCAGUCAGACGGCUGAAUGGAAACAACUCAAAAGAAGAAAACGAAGACGAUGUCUCUUUGCAAUUUGAUACCCGUAAGUUCAGUUACAAUGAGCUAAAGACUAUCACAAAUAGCUUCGAUCAGUCGAUUGGCAAAGGUGGGUUUGGAGUUGUCUAUCUUGGCUACUUGGAAGAUGGAACCCCAGUUGCAGUCAAAAUGCGUUCAGAAUCAGCAUUGCAAAGUGCUAACGAGUUCUUAGGAGAGGCUCUACAUCUGAUAAGAGUUCAUCACAGAAACCUGGUCAAUCUGGUUGGCCACUGCAAGGAUAGACAGCACUCAGCGCUUAUCUACGAGUACAUGUCCGAAGGGACUUUACAAGAGAAGCUAAGAGAAAAAUCACCAGACUCCGUACCACUAUCAUGGCGCCAAAGAUUAAAGAUAUUGCUAGACUCUGCUCAAGGCCUGGAAUACCUGCACAAGGCAUGCACGCCUCCCUUGAUCCACAGGGAUGUGAAGACCGCAAACAUACUGCUCAACGGUAACCUAGAGGCCAAGAUAGCCGAUUUUGGUCUGUCCAAGGCCUUCGACAACGACCUCCAGUCCCAUGUGUCCACGAGAGUAGUGGGCACCCCAGGGUAUCUCGACCCCGAGUAUUACACUUCGUUUCAGCUCAGCGAGAAGAGCGAUGUGUACAGCUUCGGCAUAGUGCUCCUAGAGGUUGUCACGGGCCAGCCCCCCAUCCUCCCGGGGAGUGUGCACAUCGCCCAGUGGGCGCGGCAGAGGCUCGCCAAGGGCGACAUUGAGAGCGUCGUGGACGGCAACAUGCUGGGCCGGUAUAACCUGAACUCCGUCUGGAAGGUGGCCGAUCUCGCUCUGAGGUGCACGGAGCAGGCGUCCAGCCAGAGGCCGGCCAUGGCCGAUGUUGUCGCUCAGCUAAAGGAGAGCUUGGAGCUGGAACAGGCCAGCGACAGCGAGCAGUUGCAACGUUCGUAUACCGGAAGUGGCGACCUGCACGGGAAAAUCGGUUAUGCUGCAACUGGGAGGGCGCUAUCUUCAGUGGAUGGUCCUGCAGCUAGAUAG